AUGGAAGAUCGAGAUGGUAAAAAAGCAUUUAUUAUCCCCAAAACUCAUUCAUCAAGUAAAGAUGUUUUAAUAUCAGAAAAAACUGAUAGUCGUAAUGUAACUGAAUUGUUUGAUGAUAUAAAAUCUUGUUCAUUAGAAGCACAUUUUGAUUUUCGACAAAAUGAAUGUAAAUCAUGUGAAACAAUACGUAAUCAAAAACUACAAAAAUUAUAUAAUGAAAGAAGAACUCAAAUGAAAAAAGAUCAAGAUCCAAUAGAACGUUUUGCUUUUCAUUUAAUUACAUCUCGAGAUACAGCAAUAAAUAUUGCAAAUGAUGGUCUUACAUGUGAACAAUUAUCUUUUUCACUAGAUAAAUAUCUUGGAAAUCCUAAAGACGGUAUACAUCUAUCAAGACGUCCAGAUGUUCUUUUAGCAUCAUCUGGUACUCAGGGACUUUAUAAAUUUGGAUUAUUAAUCUGUAAAAUACUUUUGGGUAAAGGAUAUGCAACUAUACCUUCAGUAAAUAAUAAACAAUUGUCUGCACAAUUACACUAUGAUCAUCAUUUUUGUAAAAUUCAACCGGUUAAUAAAGAACAACGUCAUAUUGACGAUUUAUUAGCAAAUAGUUUAAUAUUCUGUUAUGAGCAUGAAGAUUUGCAAACUGUAUCACGUCCAUCUCAAAUCUUACCUCUUGCUAUACUAUGGUAUGAUCUUAAAGAAAAAUUCUCAUCGAAAUUAACAUCAAUAUCACAAGAAUCUCAACAAAAUAAUGAAAAAAUAAUUAAAUCAAAAACUUUAAUUCAAAAUAAACCAUCAACGAAACCUAUACCUAAACCAAUCUCAAUAUUAAAUACUGGUACUUGGGAUGAUCUUAUACAAGAACCAACAAAUACUCCAAUAACACCAACUAUCUCAAAUAAAUAUCCUAGUCAACUUAUGUUACCAUUAUCAUCAUUUAAUAAUAUACAAUCAUUAACAAAUUAUCGUGAUCCUCGUUUAUUACGAACAGUUGUUUCAUCUGAAGUAAUUCCAUUAUCACCACAACAUCCAGUAUAUGAACGAUCACAAUCUGAUACAUCAUCAUUAUCAUUAAAAUCAACAAAUACAACAAAAAAAAUGUCUCUAGUUAAUAUUCCAUUAAAUUCAACAAGUGAAUUAAUGGAUCCACGUUUACCAACUUAUAAAUCAAAAUAUAAUAUUUUUUAUCUUGAAUUAAAAGCUGUUAAACAUGCAUUACAACAACAAAAACGUCUUAAUAAUUAUUAUCAUAAUUCUAAAACUAAUACAAAACCUAAAACAAAUUAUACACUUAUACCAUUUUUUGUACGUUCAAUAUCAUCAGAUGAAUGUGAAACAAAUAAUAAUAAUAAUAAAAUAUCAAAUCAAUCAUCACAUUUAGAUUAUUCAUCAUUAUCUGUAUCUGUUAUUGAUUGUUUUCAUUUUGGUUUAAAAACAACAAAUAAUAAAUUAUAUAUUGAUUUAGAAGAUAAUGAUAAUAAAUUAGCAUAUGAACAAAUAAAUAUAUCAAAUCAAUUAAUUCAAUAUGAAAAACAAUUAAAUUCUCAAGAAAUACGUUUACAUUUACGAGAAAAACGACAAAGAAAAAUGCAAGAAUAUUUUAAUCAACAAAGAAAAAAUCAAUUAGCAAAUUCGAAAACUUAUGUUAAUAUUGGUCGAAAAAUAUUAAAAGAACAUCAAUUAGUAACACCAUCAUCAAAUCAACAAAUAUCAUUAGAAUUAUUAGAUUUUUUUUCUUAUGAAUAUCAACAUGAAAAUCGAUCUAAUGUAAAACAUCUUUUAGCUGAACUUAUAGGAGUUUUUGUUGACAAAUAUGGUCUGGCAAAUAAACAAACUACAUCAAACAAUCAUCAAGAUAAAGUAAUCGAAGGUAAGAUUUAA